AUGGAAAGGGAUCGAGUUGCUGGAUCGUGCAACUCUCCUCCGUACUUUGACGAAAACAACUACGCUGCAUGGAGAAAAAAAAUUGAGAUAUUCCUUGAUGCCCUUGAUGAGUAUGCAAUUAAGACUGUUGAGAGUGAAGUUGUGCCCAAGCCCAGGUCGGAAUGGACUGAAGUUGAGGUGUUUGCUGCAUAUUCAAACAAGAAGGCCAGAAAUGCCUUAGUUACAGCCUUGUCUAGCACACAGUUUUCACAUAUACAACACAUCCCUAAUGCUAAACAGGCUUGGGAUAAACUAAGGGUAGUUCAUGAAGGGGACGACCAAGUUAGAACCCUAAAACUUCAUAUGGUGCUUGCACAAUUUGAAGAACUUAGGAUGUCUGAAACUGAGUUUAUCUCUGAGUUUCAUGGGAGAGUUGAGAUGAUCACUAAUGAAGCCAUGAGUCAACCUAUUGAAGAGCUUCUUGUUGUUCAGAAAAUUCUUCGUGUUCUACCAUCUAGGUUUAGAGCAAAGAAAACAGCAAUCAUGGGGGUCCAAAACUUAAAUGAAAUUAAGCUUGGCAAGCUUGUAGGAAAAUUGAAAACAUAUGAGAUGGAGUUGAAUAUGGAAGAAAAUGACACUAAAAAAUCAAACAAUGUUGCACUUCAAGGAGUGCAUGAUUCAUCUCUGAAAGGUGGUGAAAAACCCUCAAUUUUUGAGGAUGAGAUGGCCUUGUUUGUCAAAAAAUUUAGGAGAAUUCUUAAGGAUAAAGGAAAGUUUGCUAGAGAGGGCAGCUCUGGUAGUGAGAGACAAUUUAGACCAUCAACUGAUCGGUCUAAUGAGAGGAACAAGGAUGUCAAACCUUUCACUAAAGAUUUUAGAAAAUCUGUCAAGUGCUUCACUUGUGGAGGCAUUGGGCACUAUGCUGCCGACUGCGCAAACAAUCAGAAAAAAUACUCCAAAGGAAAGGACAAAGCCAUGAAAGUGAGCUGGAGUGAGAAUGAGAGUGAUGUAUCUCAAGAGGAUUCAUCUUCCUCUGAUGAUGAUGACCAACAAGUUGCCUUUGUUGCCUCUGUGCAGCUGGUGUCUGAUGAAUCUGCUUCUGAGUCAGAUGACCUGUCAUACGAGUCAUUAGGAAGAAAAUAUGAUUGCUUGUUCAGAGAGACUUUUUCCUUGAAAGAAGAGAGUCUCAAACUUGAGGCCAAUAACCAAGAACUUAAACAUGAAAUUCUCAUCUUAAAAGAAACCGAAAAGGAGUUGAGUGACAAAUUUGAGUCUCUAGAAAAAGAAAUUGUUGCACUUGCGUCAAUUAGGAGUAAUCUUGAAACUCAAGUUAAUGUGCUCAAGGAGAGUAACAUCGGGUUCCAGAACUCAAACAAACUGCUCCUAGGUGAAUUGAAUGAAGCAAAAAGUAAGGUUAUAUCUAUGACCAUUGGUGCCUCAAAAAUUGACAAAAUGUUGAAUAUGGGAAAACUUCGAGGGGACAAAGGUGGUCUUGGAUUUGAUCUUUUUGAUUCUAGGUCGUCUAGCUCUACCUCUAAGUUUGUCAAGUCAAAAACUCCAGCCAUUGCUCCUCUUGAUGUUCAGCAGGUAGUCAAGAAACCUAAGUUUGUUCCAACUUGUUACAGGUGUGGGUUGACUGGUCAUAUUCGACCAGUCUGUCAUAUGUACCAAAAGGAUAAGACCAGAAAAUUGUCUUCAAAAUCUAAAAGGAAUCCCAGAUCUUUGCAAGAUCAGGUUGAUCAUUUGCUAAAUGAAGUCACUAAGAUUGCCAAACUUGUCUCCCUUAAAAUGAGUUCACCCAUUGUGCCUAAGUCUACUUGGAUUGCAAAAGGUCAUACCAAAUGUCUUGUUGUGCUAAAUGCUUUUGCUGCUUCAAACACCAACUCUUGGUACUUUGAUAGUGGUUGUUCCAAACAUAUGUCUGGUGAUAAGAGUGUCUUCUCAUCCCUCACCCCUUUUGAUGGAGGCACUGUGACUUUUGAUGGAGGUCACAAGUCUCAAGUUGUUGGAAAAGGUACUGUUUGUAUCCCUGGAUUACCUGAGCUUAAGAAUGUUAGAUUUGUUGAGGGUCUCAUAUCAAAUCUCAUUAGUGUGAGUCAGCUGUGUGAUGAUGGAGUAGUAGAAGUUAGAUUCUCCAAGCAUGGCUGCAAAAUCAUUGGAAAAGGUGGCAAUGAGAUUGUGAGCGUGGCAAGGUCUAGAGACAAUUGCUAUUGCAUUGAUGGGGUCAAUGAUGCAAAAGUAGUUUGCAAUAAGGUUGUGAAUAAAACAAGUGUCUUGUGGCAUCAAAGGCUUGGACAUAUGAACUUUAGAGACUUGCAUAAAUUGUCCAAGAAAGAAUUAGUGAGUGGUCUACCAAAGCUUGACAAAACUGAUCAACAUAUUUGUGAAGGAUGUCAAUUGGGCAAACAAAUUAGAGUGUCACACAAAAAGGUCAAACACAUUCAAACCAAAGUAUGUCUAGAACUUGUUCACAUGGAUCUUGUUGGCCCCAUUCAAACCUUGUCCAUUGGUGGCAAGAAAUAUAUUCUGGUCAUUGUUGAUGAUUUCUCUAGGUACACUUAG